AUGGUUCGCAUCGCCUUCUUCGCUCUUCUCUCCGUUGUCGCCGCUAUCCCGGCACCUCUCCAGCCUGACCCAGCUGGUGCUAAGAACGUAGGCAACGGAAAGGCUACCCAGUUUAUCGGCGGACAAUGCUUGAGCUCGGCAGACUGCGCAUCGACGUGUUGCGCGGGAGUGACAGGCCAGAGCUUUGGCUUGUGCUCCGGCCUCGGCGCGCAGAACCAAGCCGGCAAGACAGGCUGCGGAUUCGGCGACGACGGACAGGCCCAGAAUAACGGGCAGACUCAGAACAAUGGGCAGGCUCAGGCCAACAACCCAGCUACGAACUAA